AUGGAAAAUGAAACAUAUUCACCAGUGACUGAAUUUGUCCUCCAGGGAUUGUCACAAAUCUGGGAAUUUCGGAUAUUAUUUUGUGUUCUGCUGCUGCUCUUUUGUAUCAUCAUUCUUCCUGGGAAUAUCCUAAUUGUUGUGACAAUUCUGCAAAAUCCUUCCCUGGAAUCUCCCAUGUUUUUCUUCUUGGCCAACCUGGCCUUGGUUGAUAUCUUUUAUAGCUGUGUCACCCAUCCAAAGCUCCUCCUCAACAUAUUUUUUCGUUGUGUGACAAUCUCCUACAUAGGAUGUAUCACUCAGAUAUUUUUCAUUCAUUUUCUAGGAGGAGCUGAGAUGUUUCUCCUCUUUGCGAUGGCUAUUGAUAGGUAUAUAGCCAUCUGCCAUCCAUUGCAUUAUGCCUUGGUAGUAACCAGGGUCAUUUGUUGGGCAAUGGUAGUAACUUCAUGGUUUGGAGGAUUGAUACAUUCCAUCAUCCAGGUCAUUUUCAUCAUUUUACUUCCAUUUUGUGGCCCCAAUGAGUUGGAUAACUUCUUUUGUGAUAUCACCCAGAUUAUCAGAUUAGCUUGCACCAACAUCUACACUCUAGAAUUUGUCAUGUUUUUUAACAGUGGUAUGCCAAGCAUUGUAUGUUUCAUUCUCCUUCUUAUAUCCUAUUUGGCACUGCUGCUGAAAUUGAGGAUGGGCUCUGGUAUAGAAAAAAGUAAAGCCUCUUCUAUCUGCAUCACCCAUAUCAUUAUUAUCUUCAUCAUGUUUGGUCCAGCCAUCUACAUCUACUGUCAUCCUUUCCGAGACUAUCCACUGGACAAAGUGGUGGCCUUUUUCCAUGCUAUGGUCUUCCCCUUGAUGAAUCCUGUGAUUUACACCUUGAGGAAUAAGGAGAUCCAAACUGCCAUGUGGAGACUGUUUGUGAAUAUUAAAAUUAGCAGAUAG